ACCAUCUUUGCGGAGGCCAGUGGAGGCUUGGGCGGCGGGGGGAGCGGGCUCUUCGCGUCCUCUUCCAAUGGCGAAAUAGCCAUCGCCGUUACGGCUAUGGCCGGCCUCGCACUCGCCGCCACCAUCGUCUACUCUUCACGUAGGUAAAGCCGAGAAAUAAAAUCAAAUAAAAAAGGAAUCAUGAGUUUCGUCAAAUUAACCUUCAAUUUGUAAACCUAGGAGAUUUAGAUAGAGCGGUUGGUGUGUAGGUUUUGUGGGGAAAUAGAAAGGGAUAGAUAGGUAUACGUAGAUGUUGGUACAAAAACAACCGUUGAUGAGAGCGCUGAGGCGGAGCCAGACUUCUUUGGGGUCGAAUAAUACGACGCCGUCUCCUUCCUCGCCAUCAUCGUCGUCAUCAUCUUCUUCGUGGAUUCCUUUGAGAUCGGUUUUGUUAAUCGUUGCUUCUUCAUCAUCCUCGUCUUCCUCACCAGUUUCCUCUGAUCGGGGAAGUCUUAAAUCUCCAUGGUCAAGAAGGAGAAGGAAACAUGCUCUUCUGGCGAAACAGUGGAAGAGUUUGUUUGACGUGGAUGGUAAACUCUCUGAUGGAGGAGUCAAGUUUUUGAAGAAAAUCCGGACUGGUGGGGUUGAACCAAGCAUAAGGGCAGAGGUGUGGCCAUUCCUUCUUGGAUUCUAUGAUGUGAAAAGUUCAAAUAAAGAGAGAGAGACAAUUAGAGCUCAAAAGAGAAGAGAAUAUGUAGAGUUACGGAGACAGUGUCGUCAAAUUAUAAAACGUGGUGAAAGGAGUUUUAAGUUGAAGGAGAUGUCUGGAAACAAUAGCAAUGAGGAUAAUGGAUAUGUCAGUCAAGUGUUAGAUUCUCCAAGCUUGGAUGAAGUUGCUAGUGCCAGACCUUCUAUUUCGAUGGAGGUUGCUAGCUUGUCAGGUGAGGUAGUUAGUAAAGAUGGUCAUAGCGCAUAUCUUAAUACAUCAAGGGAUUUAGCGGAGCUGGAAGAAGAUGACGGUGUAAUCACCAAUGAUAAUGCUUCUGAAGAUGAAACUAACUCAUCAGUUUCUGAGUCUUCAGACGAUCCUGAGGACACAAAACCUCUUCUCGGCUCAAUGGACACAGAAGAUAACAAUCCUUAUGAGCCUGUUGCUUCCAUUCCUGACAAGUUAGAAACUCAGAAUGCAUCUUAUAAAACCGAAAAUUUCGCCACAUGGCGGAGGAUCAUACGCCUUGAUGCUAUACGGGCUAAUGCUGAAUGGAUCAUUUAUUCCCCAUCUCAAGCUGAAGUAUCAGAAGAGAAGGCACGAAAACGCGCCGAGAGUGUCGAAUUGAAGGAUUACGAUAAUCUUGAGCCAUGUAGAAUUUAUCAUGCUGCUCGUCUUGUUGCUAUUCUGGAAGCUUAUGCUGUAUAUGAUCCCGAGAUUGGUUAUUGUCAGGGUAUGAGUGAUUUACUUUCUCCAAUUAUUUCAGUGAUAGAGGAAGAUCAUGUAGCCUUUUGGUGCUUUGUUGGCUUCAUGCGCAAAGCUCGACAUAACUUUCGUCUUGAUGAGGUUGGAAUCAGGAGACAACUAAACAUUGUAUCUAAAAUUAUUAAGUGCAAGGAUUCACAUCUUUACAAUCACUUGGAGAAGCUUCAGGCAGAAGAUUGUUUCUUUGUGUACAGAAUGGUGGUAGUGCUGUUCAGGAGGGAGUUAACUUUCGAGCAGACCCUUUGUCUAUGGGAGGUUAUGUGGGCUGAUCAAGCAGCAAUUCGGGCUGGAAUUGUAAAGUCUGCUUGGCGAAGAAUGAGACUAAGAGCUCCACCAACAGAUGAUCUACUACUUUAUGCAAUAGCUGCCUGCGUACUGCAGAGGAGGAAAUUGAUCAUAGAGAAUUAUAGCAGCAUGGAUGAAAUCAUGAGGGAGUGCAAUAGCAUGGCAGGUAAUCUGGAUGUCUGGAAACUUUUAGACGAUGCUCAUGAUUUGGUUGUGACCCUCCAUGACAAGAUUUAGGGUAAAAUAACUUUCACCUGAUUUCUUGUUCGAUCAUGUCCGAGUUUCUCUAUUUCUUUCUUUUUCUACUUCUUGUUUCUUCGCAGAGGCUCCUGUCAAGACAAAGGAACCCUCGAUUUAUUUCUCAUUUGCAAAAGAUGAUAGGCAACUUCUAUGUGUUUAUUUAUGGGUUUACUAUGUGCAUUGCCCUCACUCAGGACUCCCUAGUGAAGUGGCAACCUCUAACAAGAUUGUUAGACAUA